AUGGGUAUUCAAGGUCUGCUUCCAUUACUCAAAUCAAUACAACGACCAACAGAGUUAAGAAAGUAUGAUGGCGAGACAAUUGGCGUUGACGCCUAUGGUUGGCUGCAUCGAGGUGCUGUGCCGUGUGCAAUUGAACUUGCUCAAGGCAAGCCUACACGAAAAUAUGUAGACUUUGCUAUGAACCGGGUUAGGAUGCUCAAACAUUUUGGCAUCACACCUUACUUGGUUUUUGACGGCGGUUUUUUGCCCAGCAAGGCCACAACUGAGGCGUCUCGUGAGAAGCGCCGAGAAGAAUGUAGGAAGGCGGGCCUCGAACUUCUAAAAGCUGGUAAACCUUCACAGGCACAUGCCGAGCUCCAGAAAGCUGUCGACAUCACUCCCGAGAUGGCUCGACAUUUAAUUGAAGAGCUAAAGAAAGCCGGCGUACCUUAUGUAGUUGCACCUUACGAAGCCGAUCCGCAACUGGUGUAUCUGGAACGUGAGGGUCACAUCAGCGGCAUUCUCUCCGAAGAUUCAGAUUUGCUGGUUUUUGGAGCCAAGCGAUUAUUAACUAAACUGGAUCAGCACGGUCAAUGUAUUGAGAUAAACCGCAGAGACUUCUGUGCUUGUCGUGAAGUCUCUCUGACAGGUUGGACGGACGCCCAAUUUCGACAUAUGGCCAUUCUUAGUGGCUGCGACUAUCUGGAUAGUAUCAACAACUUAGGACUGAAGACCGCGCAUAGGAUGAUACGGAAGCACAAGACACCUGAAAAAGUGGUCCGCAUGCUGCAGUUUGACGGCAAACAUCGAGUCCCUACCGAUUAUUUAAAAUUGUUUCAACAAGCUGAGCAGACUUUUCUUUACCAAUGGGUCUUCUGCCCUAAGGCAGAUAAGCUUGUCAACUUUACGCAACUUAGCCCCGAGGUCAAUAUCGACGAACUCCCAUUCAUUGGCCCCCCCAUCGAGCCGGAAGCUGCCAGGGGAAUUGCUGCUGGAGACAUAAAUCCAAUCACUAAACAGACCAUUGUGCUCCAAUCCCUACCCUCGCCGAGGAAACGUACUGCAUCAGGAACUGCUCGCAAUAUGCCUCAAACCCGCACAGCCCGAGAGCCUCCUGAGAAGCCGAUCGACUCUUAUUUUAAGGGUCAUCGCCGAAUUCCUCUAGGUGAAAUGGAACCGAAUUGCUUCUCUGUUGACCCUGCACGCCUCGCUAGCAUGACUGAAAACGGUAACCGACCAAUCGUAUACCCGCUCCCGAGACCAUAUCUAGACGGAACUGCCCCUACCACAUCCGCUGGCCCGCGCGCGUAUAUCACGCGACCUGAAAGCUCCACCCGUACUCUUCGACGUCGAACUGAACCAGUGGCCAAUCUACUCGGCAAUGGUGGUCACACUUUGGCCUCUGGGUCUCGACGCCAGACUACUGGCCCAGGAAUCAACGCUCUAAACAACACCGAAAGCACAGGAGCCGCCCAUCCCGUUCGACCACCUAAGAAGGCACGUUUGUGCGACGAUGCUAGUUCGGGGCGAAGUCCCGGAAAGCAGAGAAGUAAAUUUUUCCCACGCGGUAAUGUGAAGGGCGCCACCUCCAAGAAAACAGAAGGCUAUUUAAUGUCGGAUGAUUCUAUCGAGGAAGCUCUGCAAGAUCUCCCGGACUUUGGUGGAUGGAGUGCCUUGCCAAAGGGUCAGAAGGAAGUUAUGGUUUAUCAGGAGUCGCAAUCAGUUUCGGCCGAUGCCGAAAUAUCUAAGGAUGACGAGUCAUAUAUCGAAAAUGACACCAGCGAACCCACAACCUUGAUACAGCUUCCAAACACCCCCAGCAUCGCCAAGCGCUUUAGCUACGGACAAGACCAAACGUGUAGCCAGAGCACCUCUACGUCUUCCUCGAGUCGAUCUUCACUCGCCGGAAUUACUCCGGCCACUUCCGUUAUGUCAUCUACGCCGUCUUCGUCCGUACAACUAUCGACUGGUAAGACGACGCCAGCGACACCGCUUCAGCGACUCGGCAUCAAGGCCUUGGGACGCGGUAGCCAGCCCCCUACGCCUACGUUCGCGGUCCCGCGGCCUAUGAAGCGUUCCAGUUUAGGUAGGCGGAGUAUAGACUCUAUGCCUAUUAACCCAGCUUUUGUUCCCUUGCCUCCUGUCGACUUAGAAGAGGUGGAAGCUUUACACAGGCCAGUGGGCAGCGAAGACCUGAUAAUACCGGAGAGCGAGAAUGACGAGGUUCUAGAUGAACAGGAGAACUUGGGCUCGGACAAGGGCUCGUCCGCGGCGAGCAUCCCCAAGCCAUCAUUACCAACCGACAAGAUUCCUCCCACAACGAGGAAGCGGAAAGCCGCUGAGGCGAAGAUUUCCGCAGACACCCCCGAGGUCCUUCCUAUCAAACGAGUCCUCGCCUCAGCAGCUACUACAGACGCAGCACCCCCCACUCCGAUCACCGGCAUGGAUUCGGACGAGGACUUCGUCUCGACUAUUUCGAGCGGGGAUGAUAUUAUGCAGGAUGACACCGACAAUGAUGACCUGUCGGGUGCCGAGGACUUCGAUGUAUUCGACGACGAACCCGAUGACGUGCCCGGCAUCCCUUCGCAAAAGUCCGAUAAGAAGAAAGGCGUGGCUUUUGACAUCAGCUACAAAGUAUAUACACCACACGACAUAGAGCAUCAACAAGAAGAAAUGAUCGACGAGGUUAACAUGAUCUUGGAAAUGAGUAAAGAGGAUGCUGCUAUUCUAUUGCGUCAUUUCAGAUGGAAUAAGGAACGUUUAAUCGAAGACUAUAUGGAUAACCCGAACAAGGUCCUGGAGGCAGCUGGUCUAGGUCCCAGCUCCUCUGCUCCACCAAAAUUAGAGGUCAUACCAGGUUUUGCUUGUGAUAUAUGCUGUGAGGAUGAGGUGGGUCUUCUCAGUUUCGCUAUGAAGUGCGGCCAUCGGUACUGCGUCGAAUGCUACCGACAAUACCUUACGCAGAAGAUCCGUGAGGAGGGCGAGGCAGCCCGUAUUCAAUGUCCCGCAGAAGGUUGUCAUCGCAUCAUCGAUGCGCGGUCGUUAGAUAUGCUGGUGACAACCGAACUCGCCGAUCGAUACCAAGAGUUACUCAACCGCACAUAUGUUGAGGAUAGAGAUGCCCUUAAGUGGUGUCCUGCUCCCGACUGCGAGAAUGCGGUUGAGUGUGCUAUCAAGAAAAAGGACCUAGACAGGGUAGUGCCGACGGUUGCCUGUGCCUGUGGCAACAGAUUCUGUUUUGGCUGCAUACUCAGUGAUCAUCAGCCAGCGCCUUGCGAGCUUGUCAAAAGGUGGCUUAAGAAAUGUGCAGACGAUAGCGAAACUGCAAAUUGGAUCUCUGCUAACACAAAAGAAUGUCCCAAAUGUAACUCCACGAUAGAAAAGAAUGGAGGUUGCAACCACAUGACAUGUCGAAAGUGUAAGCAUGAGUUUUGCUGGAUGUGCAUGGGCUUAUGGUCGGAGCAUGGCACGAGCUGGUACAAUUGUAACCGGUUUGAGGAGAAGAGUGGGACAGAAGCGCGAGAUGCUCAGGCCAAAUCCCGGGUAUCUCUAGAACGAUAUCUCCACUACUAUAAUCGGUACGCGAACCACGAGCAGUCGGCGCGUCUAGACAAAGACAUCUACCAGAAGACGGAGAAGAAGAUGGUGCAAUUACAGACGGCGUCAGGCAUGUCGUGGAUCGAAGUACAAUACCUAAACUCGGCGUCGCAGGCGUUGCAGACGUGUCGGCAGACUCUAAAAUGGACUUACGCGUUCGCUUUUUACCUGGCUCGGAAUAACCUCACGGAGAUUUUCGAGGACAACCAGAAAGAUCUUGAGCUUGCGGUUGAGGCGUUAUCAGAGAUGUUCGAGAAGCCCAUCUCUGAUUUGUCGGCGCCCAAGCUCAAGGUUGAUAUUAUGGACAAGACGGCCUACUGCAACCGUCGACGGGUUAUUCUGUUAGAGGACACAGCAGACAACUUAGCUAAUGGACGAUGGACUUUUAACGUAGACCUAAAGAGCAAUGCUCCGGGAGCGAGCGGGACCAGCUCUCGCGGAUAA